AUGAUAGAAGAGAUCAGUUCUCUUAAACCAAAAGUGCCUAUUCGGAUCCUUCUCCAUGGACCUGUUGGCGCAGGGAAGUCCAGCUUUGUCAACUCCAUUGAUAAUGUCUUCAAGGGCCGCAUCGCCUGUAGAGCCCUGCCUGAUGCUGGAGCUGGAAAGAGUUUCACGAGAACAUAUAAAGUGCACAGGUUUCAGAUGAGUGGGAAUGAGUCAAAACCUUUUCCUUUUGUUGUCAAUGACAUCAUGGGUCUGGAGGAAGAUGAUUCAAAAGGGGCACACACUGAUGACAUCAUCAAUGCAUUACAUGGUUACAUAAAAGACAAUAGUGAGCUUAAGGAGGGAAACCCACUUUCAAAAGGAGAUUCAGGCUACAAUAACAGCCCCUCAUUGGCAGAUGAAGCUCACUGUCUGGUUAGUGUAAUACCUGCGGACAGAAUCUCUCUGAUUAACGAAGCUGUCAUCAUGAAAAUGAGAAAGAUCAGAGAGAAAGCCAGCAAAAUGGGAGUCCCUCAAGUGGUUGUUAUGACAAUGGUGGAUAAGGCAUGUCCACUGGUUGAAAAAGACCUUAGAAAGAUCUACACCAGCAUGAUGAUCAAAGAGAAAAUGGAGGAGUGCCAUUACAAGCUGGGUGUUCCAAUGAACUGCAUUUUCCCACUGAAGAACUAUCAUGAGGAGGUGUCAUUGGUCGUAGAGCCGAACUCCUUGCCUCUAGAACUGGAUUGUCUGAUUUUAUCUGCUUUAACACAGAUGAUUCAUAUGGCUAAUGACUAUCUGAGCAUUACAGUGGACAUCAAAUCAACAGCAGAGAUGGUGUUCUGUCCUCGCUGGACACAGGACUACUUGUAG